UUUAUUUAAAAGCUUAAACUAUUAGAUUAGUAUUAGAUGUAAACAUGUAUUUCGUCAUUUCAGCGCAGGCCAAAGAUGACAAAACUGUAGUGGAUGCCAAAAUUAUGGGACUGCGGAGAAAAUGGAGUGACAUAUGCCAACGUCUUCAUUGCACUCAGCCAUUUCAAGAAGAUAUUCCACAAAGGUCACAAUUUCCCAUUGAUCAGCCUUCUCAGGUAGUUUCUGAUUUGAGGGAAAGCACUAAUGCAGAUUUAUUAUUGGACAAGGACAGAGUAACCAAUAUUAGUCCUAGCAUUUCGUUGGACUUGCAAAAUAAACUCAAACCUGUUGCGUCAGACAUUAAUGCCAAUGCAAAGGCAGAACUACCUGUGCAAUGUUGGAAGAUUCAACAGCUAGAGACGAAUGUCCUACAGAACCCCUCCUGUGCUCAGCAGAAUUUGAGUUUGCCUGUUGAUUGUACAUUGUCACCCUCGGUUAGUCAUGUGAUCACAGAUUUGGGGCUGGGAACGCUUUAUGAGUGUGCUGAGGAAGAACGUAGAAACUUCAACCCUCAAGAGCAUUAUAAUUGCACUCAGGACUUAUCUGGUUCAUCUAGAACUAGGGAGAAUGCCUCCCAUCAAGUUUCCCAAUCAUCUUCUUGCUCUUAUGGUCAAUGGGAAAAGUUAAUAACUAUAAAAGACCUUGAGAACCCAUGGAAAGUUCUUGCUGAAAAUGUAUACUGGCAGAUUGAAGCUAUUCGAACUAUUAGUAAAACCGUGUCACAUUGCAGAGCCGGAAAUGGGAGCAGUCGUGGGUCAGACAAAAGAAAUGUUUGGCUCAGCUUUCUGGGGCCUGAUAAAGUGGGUAAGCGAAAAAUUGCUGCAGCACUUCCUGAGACAAUAUUUGGCAGAAAGGAACAUUUGCUUUCUGUGGACCUGGCCUCCCAAUUUGAGAUUAGAGCUUGUAACUCUAUAUUUGAUCAUCAGGAUUCAAAAUGCUAUGAUUUGAAGUUUGGAAGGAAGAUGGUUGUUGAUUACAUUGCUGAGGAGUUAAGCAAGCGAACCCAUUCAGUUGUACUCCUUGAAAAUAUAGAAAAGGCUGAUUACUUGGUUCAGAAUAGUUUGUCUCAAGCCAUCAGAAUAGGUAAGUUUCGAGAUUCGCGUGGGAGGGAAAUUGGGAUCAACAACACAGUCUUUGUCCUUACAUCAAGCUUCCUAAAGGCACACAAUGAUCUUUUUUCUGGAGAAGUAUCCUAUGAAUUUUCAGAAGAAGUAGUAUCAGAGGCCAAAAAUUUUCAAAUGCAAAUUUUAAUUGGGUCUAUUAGUGGAAAUUACUGUAGAAACAAAAAUGCAAAUGUUUUAGUUACUUCAAGUAAAGAAACCAAUAUCACAUGCUCUGUAAAUAAGAGGAAGUUGGUUGAUGAUCAGUCUACCAAGAUUGGGAUGCCAAAACGAAAGUGUGAAACGUCAAGAUCCUUUCUUGAUUUAAAUUUGUCGAUAGAGGAGAUGGAACAGGACAAUGAUAUUGAUAAAUGUGAUGCUGAAUCCACAUAUGAAGUGUGGUUGGAAGAAUUGCUAAGCCAUGUUGAUAAAAAGGUGGAUUUCAAACCAUUUGAUUUUGAUUCUCUGGCCCAGAAAAUUUUGAACAUGAUCAGCCUUGGAUUUCAGAAAGUAGUUGGACCUGAUAUUUUCCUUGAAAUUGAUCGAGAAGUGAUGGUUCAAAUACUUGCGGCUGCUUGGUUAACAGACAGGGUGAAUGCCAUUGAGGAUUGGAUCGAACAGGUUCUUUGUUCUAGUUUAAUGGAAGCCCACCUGAGGUGCCAUGUUACUGCUGACUGUGUAAUGAAAUUAGUAGCUUGCAAAGGCCUUGUCAUGGAAGAGCAGUUUUCUGGUGUGUGCCUUCCAAGAAGAAUAAUUCUGAACUGAUUUUUGAUCAGGUAUGCAUAUUGUAUCGAUGUAAAUUUUGGUCUUGUUAGCAGUUUGCAUCCUUCUACUGAUAAGUAAUCCCCCAGUCA